ACACUGACAACAAACCCUACAUGCACAGCUAAGCAAAGCUCUCACUCUGCUAAGUUAUCCUCCAGUUACAGAAAUACAUUUAGACAUAGCUUUCAUAAAUUGUAAUAAGUGUUGCUUCAUUUCUUCAAUCAAGUGGUGUGGACUCAUCCUCUGGAUCAAUUUGGACUCAAGGCGCUUUACAGACAUCAAAAACAAUGCACAUAAUACAGAAGAUUUAAGAAAUACAGCGAUAGACAAGCUGUACAGACAUAACAAAAGAAAACCUAGAGUGCACAUGUUCCAUUUGUCUCACGGUGGAGUGUUAAUUGAUGAGGUCAGCUCUGACGGAUGUCAGAGGAAGUCCAGGGCUCUGGGCAUCCUGUGGCCAGUACAAGUGUUUUCUGUAUGUUAUUUAAAGUACUCUUUAUCAGACAGCCUCCUGCCAGUGCCCAAACAGUAAACAUUUAUAGAAGACCCUGCUCCCAAAAUGAUCAUCCGCCUUGGACGGCUCACCCCUGGGUACUUCCGUCUGCUGCAGCUGCAGGUUUCUGGAGAAUUGGCAACAGAGCCCAAGGACAGACUAGCGAAUCGCCUUGCUCUUCUUCUUGCCCUUAUGGGCCUUGGACUAUCCUACUACAGUGUCCGUCAGCUAGUGCAAGAGUCCAGCCUUCCCCCAUCACACUGACAAAGAUGACAACGCCAUGAGACCUGGAGGCUUUAUGGUGGAAAGGCUGGAGAAUACUGUAUGUAAAUGGUAGAUAAUUACAGCUUUGCAGCCCUUGGUGGUCCUGGAGAAAAGGGUGCCAUCAGAUGGAAAGGUGGCGAGGCACAGAACAUGGGAGAGAAUGUAUUUUGAGGAAUGUACGUGCACAGAUAGCAUAGACAUGGGGUAUACUAUUUCAAUCAUGAACACCCCAUCAUACUGUAUAUAAUAAAAGAUUGAGGAGGAUUAAGUCAGCAUGGCGUCUCAAUUGAGAUCUAUAAUGACUUUAUUUUUAGAUUGCAAACAAUAUCAGUCUAAUUAUUUUCUGACAUUACCAAUCUGGUUGCUUCUUGCAAAAAUUAAUCAUUUUUAUUGCCACUGUAAGUCAUGUAUGUUGUAUAACUUAAAAGAGAAAGAAAGAUCAUAAUACAAAAUGCUGGGACUAGACUGUAUCAGUUGGAUAAAUUUGGCCAUUUAUAGAACUACCUUUCCUACACUAUUUUAAUGCACUUUGCACAAGGCUAAAUUAUAAAAAAUGUCACGGAAUGUUAAACAAGUCAAAUUGCUUAAUCAAGUUUGGAUUAUGU